GAGGAAGUAGCUGUAUUGAUUUCGAUCUCGCCUUGCUGUCCAAUGAUGAACACGGAAGUGGGAAGCAAUUGGUUCCCAUCUCGUCUUGCUGUCCACUCGAUGCAAUCAUGAAGUCUUUGCUGUCUAAGAUGAAAGAUCAUCUAUGUCGACCUGGCAGGCAAUGAUGGCUAACAAAGAUGAUGCUGCAUCAAAGCUCAGUCACCUUCAAUUUCACAACCAGUAUUUUCAUCAGGUUAAUUAUCAGGAUGCAAUUACUGUGACUAGCAAAGGCAUAGAUAUGGAGUUGGUAAAGAUUCUACCUGUCUUCACCUCAAUUGACUUCUCAUGCAACAAGUUCAACGGACCAAUACCUGAGGAAGUUGGAGAAUUGAAAUCCUUACAUGUUAUCAACCUGUCGGAUAAUGUUUUUACAGGUGAAAUCCCAUCAUCAUUAGGAAACUUGCAACAACUUGAGUCCUUAGACAUCUCACAGAACAACCUGGGCGGCCAAAUUCCACCACAGCUUGCAAACCUUUCUUUCCUUUCAUUCUUGAAUGUGUUAUACAAUCAACUGGUUGGGGAGAUCCCAAAAGGUACUCAGAUUUCAACAUUUUCGAAAGCUUCAUUUGUAGGUAAUAAAGGAUUAUAUGGGCCACCUUUGACAGCAGAAAACAGACCAGUGUUGUCAUCACCAACAUUAGAAGGAAGCCAUCAAAAUUCUGGAGGUGAGAUCUAUUGGGAUCUUAUCAGUGCUGAAAUUGGAUUUACAUGUGGAAUCGGAAUGGCGAUCGGAUCACUUUUGUUUUGCAAGAGAUGGAGGAAAUGGUACUACAGAACUAUGUUUAACAUCCUCGUUAAGAUAUUCCCUCAGUUGGAAGAAAGAUGUGGUAAUUACAGAGAAAUUGAACCGAGUAUGGAGAGCAAUGCAGCCGGAUUCAAUUGUGGCCGGAGCUCACUCUAGUUCUUUCCCUCUAGAAAUCUGCUUCUGCUGUCACAUUUAAGUUCAAUUCUGCUCUAGUCAUCUUUGUAAUAUGGUCACACAAAAUCAUGGAAAGCCAAGCCAUGACGUGUAAUGAUUAAAUUACUCACCUGAACAAUAACAGAACAAUCCCGCUCUUUACAGUUCUUUUCCUCGUUAUGUCUGAAGUUUCACCAAGCAUUAACCAUCCGGUAAAAAGAGGAUCCCGCUCUUUAGAGUUCGAACAUAAAAUUUGGAAUCCGUAAAAUACUUAUUACACAGUUGUUAAUACAAACAGACGAUGACAGUUUGGGCUAAACUAGCUCAUGGUCAAUGCAG